AGAGUGUACUAAUACUAAUAGAAAAGGAAGUUCAAGAAAAAAGUUCGAGUACUUCUAAAACUUGUCAAACACGUGUGCCUAAUAUUUCCGGAAAAGUGGAGUCAAGCCAAAGCGUUUCCUGUCUUGAAAAUAAAAUUCUAUCGGUUUCUGAUCUACCAGUAAAAAGCCCAAAAUCAUUUCCUAUUAUAAUGGGUAGAAUACUAUUGAGAUCUAAUUGUCCGCCGGAACCCGUAAUAAAAGUGAAUCUAACCGACUUUGAGCAGAAUCUGUGCUUCUUGUGCAUGGAGAAACCAUCGUUGGGAAAGCGAGUGUAUCACAUGUUCGUCACAAAUGAAAUGGAUAUUGAAAAGGACUAUCUGAAAGUGCGAAAAACCUACGAGAAAAGAAAGGACAUCGUAGUCGUGGACCAGCUAACACUGUACACCCUUUGUGCACGAUCCUUGUACCACAGAGUUCAGAAUAAGUUAACAGAUGUUAAGUGGAAUAAGCAGCGAAAUGUUUUUGAGAUGAAAAAGAUUGGACUAAAGGACAAUUUGAACCUUUGGAACAAGUUGUAUGCGCUGGAAAACGCAGAGAGGGCAAAGCUAUUUAACUAUACUAAGUUCCUAAGCGCAACGAAUGAAUAAAUUGAUAUUUGUUU